AUGCUGUCAGCCAGUUCCAGUAGAGAUAUCUUGCUUGAAGCUAUGGAAAAGUGCAAAACUAAAGACGGUUAUGUCAGAGAGGUAGUUGGUGCACCGGAGCCUAUGGCCUUUCUUGCCGCUGAAAGGCAGCUAAAAGAUAUCGAGCUGUACUGUUGUCAGGAAGACGCUUUUUCAGUUCUUGGUAUUGAUCCGACAUUCAAUCUUGGCAAUUUUAGCGUGACUCCAACGACCUACAGGUGCCACAAAAUUGUUAACGUAUCAACAGGUAAAUCACCUGUUUUCCUUAGUCCCAUGCUUGUUCAUCAGAGCAAAACGGAACAAACUUACCAAUAUUUAGCCUCAUCAGUCAAGCAAUUCAAUCCAAACACCGUGUCGCUUCAAGCCUUCGGCACUGAUGACGAACGUGCUUUGUCAAAUGCAUUCAAUGAAGAGUUCCCUGUGGUUGACCAUCAUCGUUGUUUUAUCCACCUGCAUAACAACAUUGAAAUGAAACUCUCCAGUAUAGGCAUAAAUGGGCGUUUCCAAAAUGAACUUCUUGACGACAUUUGGUCAUGAUGCAGCAGCCAUCUCGUAUCACGGAAUUGUGGAUUCCGAUGAUUCGGAUGACUUUUAUGCAAAACUGUGCUCGCUAGAAGAUGUUUGGAAUGCUCGAGAAUGGGAAACUCCACAUUCUGCGACUGGUUUGUCAAAAAUGUUGCUGACACAAUCAACGCAUGGAUGCUGAAACCCAUGCGACAAAAGGGAGGACUUGGGGAUUCCCUAAACACAAUAAACGACAAUGAAGAAGAAAACCACCUGUUAAAGCUGAAGACAGACCACAAACGUGUGAACCUCGAAACGCUUAUUGAAAAGAGCCAUGAACUUGUGAAGGAACAAGAUUCGUUGCUAAAAGGAGCAAUCAUUGACCAGGGGAAAUGCAGAUUGUCAGAUGAAUGUAAGCACCUGAAGAUAUCCCCAGAAAAGGGGAGAAAGAUGAAUCGUACGGAGAGAAGAGCGUACACCAAAAAAGCCAAAGAAAGUGGUCCCAUGUCACAAACGUUUUCCACACUCUCCAUAUCACAUACACAGUCUGGCAUCUCUGGUAUCCCAGAAAUCAUUUUAUCCCAUCAAUUCCCUGAGGCCCAGAGGCUCUUGCGAAUGAACAAAGUUAGACAUGGCUUUGGGGAAACGAUACUUUAUUGGUAA